AUGUAUAAUAAAUAGAUGAAUGGAGGUUGAAGUUUGAGCAAGACAAAUGGGAAACAACAAUAGCAAUAACAGAAGUAAAGAGAGGCGAUGGCCGAAGAGGAUCAUACUGGUGCGCCAUGGUGAAAGUGAAGGUAACGAAGACAAAAAUGUGUACACCGCCGUACCUGAUCAUAAAGUGCAACUUACAGAGAAAGGCAAACAGCAAGCCAAAAAUGCUGGAGAGGUUAUCCGAAGCGUGGUUGGAAACUGCAAAGUUUAUUUUUAUGUAUCUCCAUUCUUGCGCACUCGUGAGACAUUGAAAGAGAUAAGUGAAUCGUUUUCUAGCAACGAAAUCAUUGGGGUAAGAGAAGAAUGCAGGUUAAGAGAAAUGGACUAUGCUAAAUUUCAGAAUACAGAGAAGAUGGAGGAGUAUAAGAACGAACGAGAGAGAUAUGGCAAGUUCUUCUACCGCUUUCCCCAUGGAGAAUCCGCUGCCGAUGUCUACGAUCGGGUUUCAG